AUGUCUCUGCAAAUGCAGACCUCCACGGCGGCCUUCAGCAACACCGCGCUAUCCACCGCCGCGGAUGCGCGCGCCGGUCGACUCUCUUCACUGGGAACCGUCGCGGUUCGCCGGGAAAUGUUAACGGCGUGGCGCGGAGUCAGAUGUAGUGGAGGUGGAGUCGGAGUAGGAGGAGACGCCGGUAAGAACAAGGCGGUUCCUAAUUCGAACUAUGUCGUGCCUAUGGACAAGUUCUCUUCUUCUUCGUCCAUCACUCGGCCUCUGAUCGAGAUACUUCGGGAUCUUAACAAGAAGAUCCCUGAUAACAUCGUCAAGAGCCACGAACCUGGCUCAAAUGCUGCUGCUUCUGGAUUCAUCCCUUGGUACCAUGCAAAUCGGAUGCUCAGCUUCUACGCACCUGGUUGGUGUGGAGAAGUUCGCGAUGUCAUUUUCUCUGAGAAUGGUAAUGUCACGGUUGUUUAUCGUCUUACCAUUCGUGGCUCUGAUGGUGAGGCGCAUCGUGAAUCGACUGGGACAGUGACAAUAACUGAUGAUUCCAUCGAGGAUCCAGUUACUGCAGCUGAGGAAAUAGCAUUCUGCAGAGCAUGUGCUCGAUUUGGUCUCGGCUUGUACCUGUAUCACGAAUAA